GCCAAGGAGCCACAGGAGCGCACAGAAGGCACGGAGGAGCGUUAAUUCACACACACACACACACACGCACAGCUAUCUUUCAGCUGAGCCUCUCGUUGGGAUUUUUUCUUCAAGUUCUUCUUAAAAAAUCUACAAGUUGUCUUUGAUGGCGAGCUGACACACACACAGAGAGAGACAGAGAGAGUCAGAAGCUGAGGAACAUGUGGAGCUUUUUGACGCGCGCGUUGGUGCCAAGUUUUGCGCCUCUUGCUUGCGCGCAGAUUUUUCUAAAAAAAUCGUCCUCACUUUUGAGUGACUUUUUUUAAAGUCCUUAGUAUGAAGUUAUCAUUUGAUGUGGCGUGUUUCCCGCGUUGUGUCCUCAUGCUCAGGAUUGCGACUCAUGGGAUGUAGUAAAUGGAGAGCCGCGCUCAACUGUGGACACCUGAGGGUGCAGUCCAAGCUGUCCUCUGUCUUCUUUGCCAUGAUCGUCCUCUUCACGUACCUCUUCUACUGCCUCAACGGAUACUGUGACUCCUUACCCAGACCCGUGUACGACCAACAAAGUAAUAAUAAUAAUCCAAAGAGAAUCAUCUUAAAUGAUGAUGGACGUGGAGGAGACGCGCAGCAGCUCGGCGCCUAUAAUAAUAAUGAUAAUAAUAACGCGUCUCAGGUGGAGCAGCUGUCGGAUCUGUCCAACAGAGACGCUCCGUCUAACAUCUCUAUAGCCAACACUUUCGGCAGUAAGAAGUUCCCUCAGGCCAUCAUCAUCGGGGUGAAGAAAGGUGGCACCAGGGCUCUGCUGGAGUUCCUGCGGAUCCAUCCGGACGUCAGAGCCGUCGGAUCAGAGCCGCACUUCUUUGACCGCUUCUAUGAUAAAGGACUGGACUGGUACAGGAACCUGAUGCCUCGUACUCUGGAGGGCCAGAUCACCAUGGAGAAGACCCCCAGUUACUUCAUCACCAAAGAGGCCCCUCGCCGCGUCUUUUCCAUGAGCCGCCACACCAAGCUCAUCGUGGUGGUGCGCGACCCCGUGACCCGGGCCGUUUCCGAUUACACCCAGACUCUGACCAAAUCUCCCGGGCUCCCGUCCUUCCAGAACCUGGCCUUCCGCAACACCACCACGGGCCUCAUCGACACAUCUUGGAGCGCCGUGCGCAUCGGCAUCUACGCCAAGCACCUGGAGAACUGGCUGCGCUUCUUCCCGCUCUCGCGCCUCCUCUUCGUCAGCGGCGAACGCCUCGUGACGGACCCGGCGGGCGAGAUGGGCCGGGUCCAGGACUUCCUGGGGCUCAAACGCGUGGUGACGGACAAGCACUUCUAUUUCAACCAGACCAAAGGUUUCCCUUGCCUGAAGAAGCCCGAGGGGAGCAGCAGGCCGCGCUGCCUGGGGAAAUCCAAGGGCAGGCCCCAUCCUCAGAUCCCCGCUGAGGUCCUGCACAGGCUCAGAGACUUCUACAGACCCUUCAAUCUCAAGUUCUACCAAAUGACCGGCCACAAUUUUGGCUGGGAAUGAAGGGCUACUCGCCAAAGCUCUUAAAAACUGUUAGUAGCGUUCUUGUUCAGCCAACUACCAAAACCAGACAGGGAUAUCUUGAAGACAUUAUGUGUUACCAAAGCUUUUACUGUGCAAAGUAUGCCUCUCCUUCAUUUUCUUAAGCUAUGAAAUCUGUAAGCAUCAGACCUGCAAUACGUUAUCCAGAGUAGGCUCUCAUAACCACGCCCUCUUUUGGGGGAAAACAAUCCUGUGUCCCUCAUAGCGUAAACAGAAGAAGUUGAAACAUGUCUCCACACCUGUAAUAGUAAAAACGCUAUGCAGAGGAGUUUGCUGUGUAGUCCAAAAAUCCCAAAACACUGAUCUCCUGAUUUGAUUCCUUGCCAUGUCCUAAUAAAGAUAUAAUUGAGGGGCUUUAUGGCUCCAAGCUUUAGAACAGACCAGCAUCGCGUCAUCGCCGAGGCUUCGCUCCCUUUUGGGGGAAAGAAACACGCCGUCACAGGAGAGAAAAUGGAAAAUGGCUUAAAGCUGUUGUGUAGCAGGUUAAACCAGAUUUUCACACUGAGAUUUGAGGCACAUAAGAUACGUGAAUAUUCACUGUCAGUGUGGUAAAUGGCUAAAUGAUGCUGCUGCAGUACUAACAUUAACAACGGGGGACGGGGGAAGACUGAGGGACAUGGCGGCGAUCAACCUUAAUUUGUUAAGGUAUCGCGAACACUCAGGUUCAGGCGAGGUCGCAAAAUAAUUAUUAGACAUGUGUAUAAAACAAACAUUUGUAUAACAGGAGAUGAAUGCAUACGGAUUUGUCAAAAUUAGAAUCCAAACAUACGUCAAAUUGCAUCGAAGUCUAUGAGAUCUUUGGUUUUCUAUCCCCCAAAAGGGGGCGUGGCCUUGACUUUUUGUGAAGUGCCCGUAUGUGCCGGUCUGAUGUAUGAAGACGCCUGCCUUCCUCCAGAUUUACAACAGCCAUGCUAACAAAGUUUGAGAGAGCUUCACUUGGCUCCCCGAGCACCAGAAGUAUGCUAAGCUGUCCAAAACACAGCAAAGCCUGCGUAUUGAAAAUAACUCCAGAAAGAGAUGUGCCUAAAGUUAAACCAAAUGGCAAAAGAGUUAACGAGCCUUGACAGCCUGGCAAUGCUGCGAUAAACCAAAUGACAUGUUGGAGCUUUGAGAGGGACGAAACAACAGCCGCCAGCGAGGAGAGAAGCAAAAGGUUUUGAAUUAUGCACAAUGGUACAAUCAAAAUCAAUGUCAAUGUGUCUCUCUAUCUGAGACAUAACGUAAUCAUUCAGAAUCAUUUCAAUCCCACCAGCAUUGUUCAGUUCCCUUCUGUUACGUUUAUACGGUGAAUGCAGUUAAAAUCAAGUUCUGUUUGUCUUUAUUUCUUUCAAUGCAAGCUCCUUUUCUUUAAUAAAAAUUAAAGAUGUAGCAUACGCAGGAGGAUACCUGGUACUGUUGAAAAAAGGUACCAGAACACAGUCCACUAUGUGCUGUAAAUUUGCUGUUAUUUAUGUCGCCAAUACAAUGCUUGUAUAAAAUGUUCUCUACAGACAACACCUGUAUCUGUGAUCGUUUUCUACUCCAUUUAAUCGAUCUCCACAAACGGUACUUACAUGCAACUGUAUAUUUCUAAGAGCUUAAUUUAUAAGAUGGUAUUGUUGAGAUGUUUUCUCUGAGACUUUUGUAUAUGAAAUUAUGCUGGAAGUUCUGACUAAAACUUUUAUUCUAAAA